CUUGCUCUCUGCCGGCAGAGAGACCAAGGGACAAGAGGAGGAACAGGGUGUGAAGACGGGCCUCUUAAGGCUCAAAGGGAAACAUCCAAAGCCAGCUGGUCUGGCUUUGAGUUAAAUCAAUGGGCAGAGAGAAAAAAAAGGCAGCAGAAAGAAGACGAAGAGUUGUAGACAGAGCGAAAAGAAGGGAUAAAGUAAGUCAAAAUUUAUAGGCAGGAAAAAAGAGACUGAAGCAGCAGGAUCUGUGAAGGCGUUUGUGCAACAACAACAAACAGAUUGUGGUGUGGUCUGUCGUAGAGCGUAUUGCAAAGAAAGAAGAAAGAAGAAAGACUGUGUACGAGAAGAGAGACUGUUGCACAAUGUGCUAGGAGAGUGGGGGAAGAUAUUGUGUUGUUUUUCUGAUAUUGUUGUGGUGUCAGAGAGACGGGAAAGGACGCAGCCAUGGGGCGGAAGAAGAUACAGAUCACCAGGAUUAUGGAUGAGAGGAACAGGCAGGUUACGUUCACAAAGAGGAAGUUUGGCUUGAUGAAAAAGGCCUAUGAGCUGAGUGUACUAUGUGACUGUGAGAUAGCCCUCAUCAUUUUCAACAGCUCUAACAAACUGUUCCAGUAUGCCAGCACAGACAUGGACAAAGUGUUGCUGAAAUACACAGAGUACAACGAACCCCACGAGAGCAGAACCAACUCGGACAUCGUAGAGGCGCUAAACAAGAAAGAACACAGAGGUUGUGAUAGCCCGGACCCCGAUGCCUCAUAUGUCCUCACUCCUCACACAGAAGAAAAGUAUAAAAAAAUUAAUGAGGAGUUUGAUAAUAUGAUGAGAAAUCAUAAAAUCCCCACAGCAUUGCCUCAGCAGAACUUCUCCAUGCAUGUGGCAGUGCCUGUAUCCAAUCCUAAUGCCAUGUACCAGCCAGGAGGGACUCUGGGUAGCCAGGCGCUGGCGGCAGCCACAGCCUCCCUCAGUGACAGUGGGAUGCUUUCCCCUCCACAGGCCUCUCUCCAUAGGAAUGUGGGCUCCAGUGGAGGCCCGCAGAGGCCCACCAGUGCGGGCAGCGCAGGUGGCAUGCUGGAUACCACAGACCUUUCAGUGCCAAGUGGUGUGGGCUCCAGCCCAGCGGGGAAUGGUUUUGUUAACCCCAGGGGCUCUCCAGGCGUCCUCAGCACACCCAGCGGCAAUGGCCUGGGUAAAGUCAUGCCCACCAAGUCUCCACCACCCCCUGGAGGGAACAUGGGAAUGGGAAGCCGCAAGCCAGACCUAAGGGUUGUUAUCCCUCCAUCUAGCAAAGGGAUGAUGCCCCCUCUGUCGGAGGAGGAGGAAAUGGAUUUGAACACCCAGAGAAUAAGCAGCUCCCAGUCCACCCAGCCUCUGGCCACUCCAGUAGUGUCUGUCACCACCCCCAGCUUACCCCCACAGGGCCUGGUUUACUCAGGCAUGCCCACCUCUUACAACCCUGCUGAGUUCUCCCUGAGCAGUGCAGAGAUCUCUUCCCUACAGGGUUUCAGCUCUCCUGGGCUCUCACUGGGCUCCAUGUCGGCAUGGCAACAGCAUCAACUGGGCCAGGCAGCUCUUAAUUCUUUGGUUGGUGGAGGUCACCUACCUCAGGGCUCCAACCUCUCAGUCAACACCAGCCAGAGCAUAAACAUCAAGUCCGAGCCCAAUUCGCCACCGAGGGAGCGUGUCACCCCCUCUGGCUUCCCCCCUCAGCCGCCACAACAAGGGUCCAGCCGACAGGAGGUUCUGGGACGUUCACCUGCUGACAGCCUCAGCUCCUCCUGUAGCUCUUAUGAUGGCAGCGAUCGUGAGGACCACCGGCCAGACUUCCACUCACCGCUGGGGCUGGGCAGGCCCCCUGCUGGCUCUGAGGACAGGGAGAGUCCCUCUGUCAAGCGCUUGCGCAUGGACACAUGGGUGACAUAAAGAGCCUCGAUCAGGCCUCCAGUCACCAGCCAGUCGGAGAGAGGGAGGGGUUAGACGUGGAGAUAAAAGAAAGAGCAAGGGUCCUUAGAGCUAUCAUUAUGAUACUAUUACUCAACUCCAUUUCAAUUUGUAAGACUGAGUGGCAAAUGUCAUAACACAUCAGGACAUAUCUAAAGUAAUUUCUCAAACUGAUACAGGAACAUUUAAAAAGAGAUCUCAGUUCGCUGGACUGGGGUAUAUGCACAAGCAGGUGGUAUCAGGUACUUGGUGCAAUUCAGAUUACGUUUGCAGAAGAAAGAUGUUCAAAGAAAAUUGUUAAACAAUAGGCGGUAGAUUAUUAUAGUCACUGGUCUAGUCAGACACUUACAUGUAGUUGCUGUAUUGCUGUUGUGCUCGCAAGUUGCAAACAAUCAGAGAAAGUUUGUGUUGCUUUCAGGCUGAGGACCCUUACAUACGAUGUUCGCUACAAGAACGAUAUCUUAAAAAUCAUGCUGUAACCAUACAAGACCUUUAUCUCAAGUGGCCUCUUCUAAUUUAUGGAUUCUGUCCAUCAGGAGACACAAAGAACAUGGAGUUAAAUACCAUUCAAGAAUAUUGAUCACACAGUAAAUAUUUGCAACAGUUGAGACUACUUUAGUGAAGAAAUCAAACAAACAUAGCAACAGAAUUUAUCGCAAUAAUGGCAUACUAUUCAUUUUAUAAUUUAAAAGAGUAGGAUAUAUAAAUGUGCAAUUAAGAUAAUGCGAACCUGUCCAGUUGAACUGGUGAGAAAAUCAACAUGUUCACGUUUGUGUAACAGUUCAUCAGUAAUAUAAGCCAAAGCUGUUCUUUUGUGUUGUUUUGUACAGUUGCUACGGUUUCCUAACAGUUCACUCAAAUGCACCAUUUCUUUCAUCAUAGUUUUAUUUUUUUCGUGCUGUAUUGCAAACAGUGUAAAGUCGUGUAAACCAGAUCUUGAAUCGAUAUCUAAAGCCAUGAACAUUUGCUGUUCUGUUUGUAUAAUUGAAACUUUGAGCCAAACAUGUUCUUUUGUUGUGUAAAUAACGACUUUAAUAUAUAUAUCACCAGGGUGUGAGUGCGUACUGAAUGUACCGUACGAUCACCGUUUUCGAGAAAAGUAUAUUUUUGUGGAUUACAGCCAAGUUUACAAGAGUAGACCCUUAAGAAGUAGAUCAUUCACUGGUCAAUAUUUGCUUUUUUUUUUGUUAAAUUUACUGUAAUCUCUUCUAAAUUGAAUUGCCACCAUAACCCUCCAUGUGUUUUAGUUCCUGACGAUCAAUUUGUUUUCCUCUCUCUUUAUCAGUGAUGACUGUUUGUCCUGAAGACAUUGUAAUAACAAUGCUGUGAGGUUGAAGUUCGAGUUCUGAAGCUAUUUUCAUAUUUGUGAAGGAUGAUCACAAGGCUAGGGGAAAUGGGGUUUCUGCCCUCCUAUUGUUAACUUGUGUUAGUUGUAUACCAGCUGCUGCUGAAUACACUGCCAACAUUAAAACCCAAGGUCCCAGCCCCACACUGAAGAAUAAUCUAUUGUUAUUGCAUGUAGCUCAACUGAAAAGCUUGCCAUCUCUAAAGCCCUUUCCACUCUUCUGUUAUUGGUUAAUAGAAUACAAGCAGGAGACAGAAAAUGUGGUAAAAGUGGCUGCUGACCUUCACUCAAAACUUAUCCUGCCCGUGCCCGUACACGGUUGUAAAUAUUGCAGUCUACUUGAAAUGUCAGUCAUGAUUAUGUACAAGAAAAAAAAAAUACUUGUGUGUUUCCUUAAUUGGCCCCAGAAAUUGUAUCUUAAAUCAAUACAUAAAGAGUACUAUAGGCCUAGGAACUUUAGGAACCAGAAAAGUGAAAAUCUGAAGGCGUUGAAGUCAUGUUGCCUGCGUUAUCUGAGACAAGGAGGCUGUGGCUUGUUUUCUUCUCCAUCAUCACAGAAUCAAAUAAUUCAGCAGCUAACUCAUAAUAGCACCAACAAAGAAAUGUCACUGACUUCAAUCUCACUGCUGGAUUGCACACAUUUGUUUGAGAAGUUUGCUGUACGAGAAAGGAAUCACACUGCAUUCACCGUGACAUAUCUUGUGUGGGUUCCUGAGGUUUCUGUUCUCGCCGUCCCAUCAUCAGCUCCAUGGUAGUUCUCAGCAUACACCCGUAAUGAUCUAUGCAGCUUCAGCCCCGAUUCUCAUGACGUAUACAGAAUAUGAUGUCAUUGCAGGUCAUAUUUAGUCAAAAGUGCAGCAGGAUGAAGAGUAUCUGAGAGUAGACUGUUAGCCUCUUAUACUGAAGUGCCACAGCUGCAGGUUACUGGACUACAAGUCACAUUCAAUUCAUCUUAUUAAAUGAUUAAUUUGGAUAUACCCCCAGGGCAAUCUCUUCAUGUUCAUAUCCACUGAUAUACUUUACACAAUGUGUCCAUAAUGUAAUCCAGUCAAACACAGCUGGUGAAAAUAGCAAUAAUAAAUGACUACAACAAAAAACGUCUGCCUGUCCGGGCAGCACCACCUCGUAGUUGAGCACAUACUUAAGCACUUGAUGACAUAUCAGGGAAUUUUGUAGUUUCUCUAUCUACAGUAUAUGCACAGUUAGGUAAUGCCUUAUCCCAAAGAAAAAUUAAACCAUUUUUCUUCUAUCUUCUCUCGGUUUGAAAAAAAAAAAGAAAAAAAAAACGACAAUGCAGACGUCACUCAAACAUGACCAGGCCUGCCUCUUCUCAGAGAAGACUCACACAAUAAAAUGCCCUGUGAAUGCACUGUGAUACACUUUGCUCUUUUGGUCUACGUCCAAAUUGUGCACAACUGAUGAAUGUGAAAGGAAGGAGUAAACGAUGAACCUUUGUCAAGGAAUUUCUUCACUUUGCUGUUUAAGAGUACACUGCUUUGCUUCAUGGCUUUUAUAAACAGAACUAUGUGUUUGGUAAGUGUUUGUAGUUGAUAGUUCACUUAACUAAAGGAGCUGUUUUCGGUUUGAAUGCUCAGACCGUUUGGCGGCACAAGCUGGACUUUGUUGCCAAUAAUGAAAUUAUUUGUUUCAAAAUGGAAAGAGAUUUUAAGUUAAUCAACAUUUUAUUUCCCUUGAAUGUGUUAUUUUAUUUUAAUCUUACAAUAAAUAUUCAAGUGAACUUUUUAUUAAACAAUUAAGAUACUAUGCUAGAUAUUGUUGUACAAAAUUUGUAUUCUUCACAAAAGUACAAAUAUUGGCUUUUAAUGUGUAAUUUAGGUUAUCUCUCUUAUUCUGUAUAAAAUGAAGUACACAACUCUUACAUAGAAUUUGUUCUCCUGUGAAGUCCCAAACAGUAGAAACUGUCAACUUUAUUAAACACCUCAGUGUAUGCUCAAUCUGAA